AUGUCUUCAAUCGCAAACAGCAUACACUCGGCACAGGGCGACCUGGAGAAAGCUGACAAGAAGACGGAGGAGCAGCCAUGGACGCCGAGUCGACAGGUCAAACUCAUUGUGCUUGGUCAAAUGUUUGUUGUGUUUGCUAUCUCUCUGGACAUGACCAUCUUGACGGCGACCCUACCGGACGUCGCGCAUGCUCUCGACGCCAAUGCCACGAAAAGCUUCUGGAUCGCUGCGAGUUAUUUGCUGGCCAACGCCGUCGUUCAGCCUCUUAUGGCCGCCUUGGCUGAUGUCUUUGGUCGAAGAAGUGUCAUCUUCUCAGCACUGCUACUCUUCACUGCUGGCUCUCUCAUCUGCGCCCUCGCCAACAAUGUUGCAGCAAUGCUGGCCGGCCGUACCAUCCAAGGCAUUGGAGGUGGCGGCAUUCUCAGUGUCAACCUCAUCAUCCUCUCCGACAUCGUUCCCCUGCGAUGGAGAUCAAAAUACCAGAGCUUCCAACAGCUAUGUGUGUCUGUCGGUUUCAACAUUGCUCCUAUUCUUGGCGGCAUCAUAGUCAAGAAGACGACCUGGCGAUGGCUCUUCUACAUCAACCUGCCCUUCUGCGCUAUCGGCCUGGCUAUCAUCCCCUUCGUUCUGAAGUAUGACCGUCCGAAGUCUACGAUCAAUGAUAAGCUCUCGAAUGUGGACUGGACUGGUUCGACCUUGUUCAUCGUUGGCACGACGAGCUUUCUAGUCGGCAUCACCUGGGGCGGCAGCCAAUUUGCCUGGCACUCGGCCGCAACGCUCGUACCGAUCAUCCUCGGACUGGCUGUUGUCUUUAUUACUGGGCUUUACGAGAAGUUCCUCGCCAAAGUCACCUUCCUGCGCUGCUCGCUCUUCUCAUCCUGGUCAGCAAUCGCCAUCUACGCCUGCACGGUCCUUCAAGGUCUCACUCUCUUCACCGAAGUCUACUUCAUCACGCUCUGGUUCAUCACCGUCAAGCUCUACACACCUCUCGAGGCUGGUACCUACCUCCUUUCCUUCUCCAUGGUCUGCGUACCAGUUUCAGGCAUCGUCGGCCCCAUCAUCGCUCGCGUUGGCUCCUACCGCUGGGCCGUCUGGUCCGGCUGGGUCAUCAACACAGUAGCUUUGGGCGUCCUCAUUCUCCUAGACAUCGACACGCCCACUGUCGCUUGGGUCUUCAUGUUCCUCACGGCUGGAAUCGGUCAAGGACUGCUGUUCAUGGCGCAUUUGGUCGCCUCGCAAGCCGCGUGCCAGCAGAAAGACGCUGCCCACGCAACGUCCAUGUUCAGCUUCUCCCGCAGUCUGGGCCUCUGUCUGGGUGUUGCUCUCGGUGGAACGAUCUUUCAGAAUUUCUUUCACAAUCACGCUCAAUCGCUCGAUGUGCCGGCGAUGGUUGCGGAGAAUGCUGAGGGUUUCGCACACUUGUUGAGGAGUAUGCCCGAUGGUCCUGAGAGGCUGUCCAUCGUCUUGAAUUACGCCUACUCCUUCCAGAUGCUUUUCGCGGUCCUGUGCGGGAUUAGUGGGCUUGGACUUUUGAGCUCUUACUUUAUUGGAGGGCAUUCGUUGAAUCAGGGAUUGGAGAGUGAGCACAGAUUGCGUGGAGAGAGCAGUGAUGAAGAGAAGGCUUGGUCAAAAGGUCUUCUCCAGGGGGACACCUGUAAUGAUAGAGUAGUCAGGAUUUAG